AUCUGGCAUCAACUGUUUCAGCAAUUUUUGUAAUAUCAUAUUGUAUUAGUUCAUUAUUUAAUACUAAAUACGCUUUUGCUAAUGCUAAAACCACCCAAGAAAAUACUAUUGCAAUUUCUUUUACUAUGCCAUCAUUGUGA